AUGUUCUUUCUCCUUGCCCUUCUCACUGAGCUUGGAAGGCUGCAAGCCCACGUAGGUUCUGAAGGAAUAUUUCUGCAUGUCACAGUUCCACUGAAGAUUUUGUCAAAUGACAGUGAAGUUUCAGAGAGGAAGAUGAUUUACAUCAUUACAAUUGAUGGACAACCUUACACUCUACAUCUCAGAAAACAAUCAUUUUUACCCCAGAAAUUUUUGGUUUAUACAUAUAAUGAAGCUGGAUCUUUGCAUUCUGAGUCUCCAUAUUUUAUGAUGCAUUGCCAUUACCAAGGAUAUGCUGCCGAAUUUCCAAAUUCAUUUGUGACACUCAGUAUAUGUUCUGGUCUCAGGGGAUUUCUCCAGUUUGAAAAUGUCAGUUAUGGAAUUGAACCAUUAGAAUCUUCAGCAAGAUUUGAGCAUAUAAUUUAUCAAUUGAAAAAUAAUGAUCCAAAUGUAUCAAUUUUAGCAGAAAAUUACAGUCAUAUUUGGCAGAAAGACCAGUCCUACAAAGUUCCUUUAAACUCACAGAAAAAAAAUCUUUCAAAACUAUUACCCCAAUAUCUGGAAAUAUACAUUAUAGUGGAAAAAGCUUUGUAUGAUUAUAUGGGAUCUGAAAUGAUGGCUGUAACACAAAAAAUUGUCCAGGUCAUUGGGCUUGUCAACACUAUGUUUACCCAGUUCAAAUUGACUGUUAUACUGUCUUCCUUGGAACUGUGGUCAAAUGAAAACCAGAUUUCCACCAGUGGGGAUGCUGAUGAUAUAUUACAAAGAUUUUUGGCAUGGAAACGGGACUAUCUCAUCCUACGGCCUCAUGACAUAGCAUACUUACUUGUUUACAGGAAACAUCCUAAAUAUGUGGGAGCAACAUUUCCAGAAAUUUCUUUUCUUUCUUGGCGACAUUCUUGGAGACUUGGUCUGUUUUACCAGUCUGUAUUAGACUUUGAUUGCAUAACAGGGAGUGCCAGAGGUAUAAAGAUUUUUAGCAACUGCAGCAUGCACGACUAUAGAUACUCUGUUUCAAAAUUUGAGGCUAAAUGCCUUCAGAAGGUUUCAAAUUUGCAACCAUUACAUCAAAAUCAACCAGUGUGUGGUAAUGGGAUUUUGGAAUCCAAUGAAGAAUGUGACUGUGGUAAUAAAAAGGAAUGUCAAUUUAAGAAGUGCUGUGAUUAUAACACAUGUAAACUGAAGGGCUCAGUAAAAUGUGGUUCUGGACCAUGUUGUACAUCAAAGUGUGAGUUGUCAAUAGUGGGCACUCCAUGUAGAAAGAGUGUUGAUCCAGAGUGUGAUUUUACAGAGUACUGCAAUGGAACCUCUAGUGAUUGUGUUCCUGACACUUAUGCAUUGAAUGGCCAUUUGUGCAAGUUGGGAACUGCCUAUUGCUAUAAUGGACAAUGUCAAACUACUGAUAACCAGUGUGCCAAGAUAUUUGGAAAAGGUGCUCAAGGUGCUCCAUUUGCCUGUUUUAAAGAAGUUAAUUCUCUGCAUGAAAGAUCUGAAAACUGUGGUUUUAAAAAUUCACAACCAUUACCAUGUGAAAAGAAGGAUGUUCUCUGUGGAAAAUUAGCUUGUGUUCAGCCGCAUAAAAAUGCUUAUAAAAGUGACAUUCAAUAUACAGUUUAUUCAUAUAUUCAAGACCAUGUCUGUGUAUCUAUAGCCACUGGGUCCUCCAUGAGAUCAGAUGGAACAGACAAUGCCUAUGUGGCUGAUGGCACCAUGUGUGGUCCAGAAAUGUACUGUGUAAAUAAAACCUGCAGAAAAGUUCAUUUAACGGGAUAUAACUGUAAUACCACCACAAAAUGCAAAGGAAAAGGGAUAUGUAAUAAUUUUGGUAAUUGUCAAUGCUUCCCUGGACAUAAACCUCCAGAUUGUAAAUUCCAGUUUGGUUCCCCAGGGGGUAGUAUUGAUGAUGGAAAUUUUCAGAAAUCUGAUGAAUUUUAUACUGAAAAAGGCUACAAUACACACUGGAACAACUGGUUUAUUCUGAGUUUCUACAUUGUUCUGCCAUUUUUCAUAAUUUUCACCAUUGUGAUCUUUAAGAGAAAUGAAAUAAGGAAAUUAUGCAACAGAGAGAAUACAGAGUGUAAGCGUAAUUCAUCCGCUGUAUCAGAAAGCUAUGAUGUGGAACAUUAAUAUUGCACAGAACUUCCGUAGCAAAUAAACUAAAGGAACAAAUGUGCUUUAUAACCUUAUGUUAUCCCCGAAUGCAUUGUAAAUGCUAAACUUUUGGAAAAUAAAGCCUGCGUGCCUUCC